AUAAAACAGGAAGUGACGUGUGAGUUGCUGGCAGCGUAAAACAGAUUUGUCCUCUAUUUUCCAGCAGCCUCCUGCACGAACAUCUGAGCCUUCAAGCUUUCUUUUUUUUCUUUUUAAUCUUCAUAUUUUGUUUUAUACCUGAGUGAAACAAUGGCUGGCACUUUGGCUCGUAAAGCUGUGGAUCAUCUCCGUAGCAAGGAGUUCAGAGACUAUCUGAUGAGGUAACACUUUUGGGGCCCAGUAGCAAACUGGGGGCUGCCGAUUGCUGCCAUCAGUGACAUGAAAAAAAGUCCAGAAAUUAUCAGUGGACGAAUGACCUUUGCUCUGACCUGCUAUUCGCUGCUGUUCAUGAGAUUUGCCUACAAGGUCCAGCCAAGGAACUGGCUCCUCUUCGCCUGCCAUUUCACCAAUGAGGCGGCACAGCUCAUUCAGGGAGGACGGCUUAUUAAGUACAACAUGGAGAAAAAAACGGCGAAAUGAUGAGCAGCCAUAAACCGCGGAGGUUUUCUCUUCAUAACAAACAGAUAGCUUUCAGAAAUCAUAUUUCAAAUAAAGAAAACAUUUAGGUUUUUAUCUGAUUAAUGACAUAAAUACAAUUGAACUCCCAUGCUAAAUGAGGAUGCAGGCUUUCAGAAUCGAUUGGAAUCAAAUGUAUAUAAAUAGAACUUUUAGAGGACUGUUACGCACAUUUGCCUUUUUUUUUUUUAUGUAUGGUACACGUCAUGCUACUGAUUUCUGGAAUUGUCAUUUAAGGUAAUUUAUUCUGAAACAUGGCUGAAUGGUGUAUAUCAAGUUAAUCUCAGAUCAUGUAAUAAAUAAAAGUUGAUUUACUGCA